GCCACGCCCAUGCCCCCAGCCCUCAGCGUUGCAACCCUCAAAAGCUCGACUCUCAGCCUAGUCCUCGAGACUGUAUCCUCUCGUUCAUACCUGACCUAAACCCAUACUGUCCACUCAUCCCUCCACUCGUUCAACACCCAGUCCCCGUCGUUCACACUGCCCAAAUACAAUCCCUACCAUUAACCUUACCUCCAUCCAACCAAAUCCCCUCCCCUACCCCUCCAAAAAAAAGAAAUCCACAAUGGGCGAAGGCCAAGAAUGGACCAACAGCUUCUGGGACUGUUGCUCCCCAUGCAAGAUCUGCUGCCUCGCCUUCUGGUGCCCCUGCUGCCUCUUCGGCCGCACCGCCUCGCGACUCAAGGACCCAGCCCUGAAGGAACAUGGCUCGAUGAAUGGUGAUUGCUGCCUCUACUGCCUAGUCGGCUACUGCGGACUGGGCUUCAUCCCGCUGAUGAUGAAGCGGGGCAAGCUGCGCGAGAAGUUCCAGCUCGAGGGGUCCGGGUGCGGCGACUGCUUCAAGUCGUUCUGCUGCCCGUGCUGCACGCUGAUGCAGAACGAGAAGGAGGCCGAGAGCCGCGCCAGCCUGCUGGAGAAGGGCGGGUAUCAGGCUCCUGCGGGGAUGGAGUAUAAAUGAUUUUGUGUCUGCCAGUGGUUGCUGUAGGGGGUUGAGCUGAUGGUUUUAUUUUAUGUAAACUAUUUCUUGUAUUUAAUUUGAUUGGCUGGGGGCGGGGUGGGAUGGGUUUUGGUUUUGAUGGGUUCGAUGGCUUUGGAAGCGUUGGG